AUGCGGCUGGUAACGGCUUUGCGUGCGGCCCUGGCCCUCGCCUCUCCCCGCGUCUCUCGCCGGACCCGGGCCCUCCGCUCGGGGCCGCCCUGCAGCCGACUGCAGCGCCCCCGCCUCGCCCUCCCACUGCUCAGGGCUCUCACGUCCGGCGGCCAAGCCGCGGGCACCGACUGUUGGCGCUGCGGGGCCCGUGCGGGGUCGAGCGGUCUCCCCUUCUUCUGCCCGGCGUGCGGGGCCUUACAGCCCCCGGACGAGUCUCGGGACUGGUUCGCGCUGCUGGGCAGCGAGCGCUCCUUCCGCCUGGAUCAGGCCCGGUUGCAGAAGGCCUACAAGGAGCUGCAGCGGCUCCUGCACCCGGACAACUUCAGCCGCGGGGCCGAGGCGGAGCGGGACUACUCGCACGGCCACUCGGCGCUGGUCAGCGCGGCCUACCAGACCCUGUCGAGGCCGCUGUCGCGCGGCCUGUACCUGCUGGAGCUGGAGGGGGUGCGGGAGGGGGAAGGCGAGCGGGUCAGCGCCGCUUUCCUGGCCCACGUGCUGGAGCUGAACGAGCGGCUGGCCGAGGCCCGGGGCCAGGCCGAGGUGGGCCUGGUGGCCGAGCAGCUGGAGGCGGAGCUGGGGCGGCUGGCGGAGAGCGUGGCGCAGGCUUUCGACGGCGGGAGGCUGGGGGAGGCCGGGCGGCUCCUGUCCGAGAUGAGAUACCUCUCGAGCAUCGAGGAUAAGGUGAAGGAGAAGCUGUUCCCCUCCUGAC